AUCAACAAAGUGGAUUCAGGAAAGCCCAUAGAAAAAUGGGUGAAGGAUAUGAAAAGGUAAUUCAUGCAAGGGGAAACCCAAAUGAUGAAUAAAUCGAUGAAGAAAUGUUCAAACCCACUGUUAGCCAGAAAUGCAAAAUUAAAGAACAAGGAUAUGGCAUCAUCUUGGCAACAACUGGGUUGUUAAUAACAUCAAGUGACAAAGCCGAAAAGAGAACCCUCAUAUACUGCUGGUGGGAAUGUAGACUGGCAGAGUCAUUCUGGAAAGCAGUCUGGCAGCCCGAAGUGGAAUUAGCUUCUGGAUUUGAGGGACUUUACUCCCCAGGAGAGUGAAGUGAGUUGGGCCGGAGCUGAGAGUCUGGUGGCCGAGCCCACAGGAAGCUGGGGUCUGCGGCUCAGAUGCGGGACUGGGCAAGAGCAGAGAACUGGUCCCUGUGAUCCUGUCCAAAGUCCCAGGCCAGGAGGUCCCAGGUUAGAGCUGGGACACCCAGACAUUCGGGUGCAGGCCUUACCGGGACCAGCCCCUCCUCCACUCUCCUUCUCCUCCUUGAGUGCCAUGUGCCCCAGUUCUCCUGGCUUUAACCCCUCCUUGCCCAAGGCCGGGGCUGUCUGUGGGAACCAGGUGUCUGCUCUCCACACCUUUAGCAGAUCCAACCCAGGCCACCAUCCGAACCCCUCAGACCCUGCCCUCCAUCCCAGCAUCAGCCUCCACGUGAAUCUGCACCUCUGCCCCAGCCCCCAGAGCAACCCCAGCCCAGUCCAGCUCCAGACCGGGCCCAUCAUGGCCAAGGACUUCCAAGACAUCCAGCAGCUGAGCUCGGAGGAGAAUGACUAUCCCCUCCAGCGAGGUGAGGGGCCAGGCACUCGAGAGCUGAAUCCCAGGAGAGAAAAUCCAUUUUGGAAAGGGCCACCUCCUGCCCAGCUCCUGCCACAGCGUCUCUGCUCCACAGUCCGCUUCAGUCUGCUUGCCCUGGGCUUCAACAUCCUGUUGCUGGUGGUGAUCUGUGUGGUUGGGUCCCAAAGUGCACGGCUGCAAGCAGAGCUGCAGACCCUGGAGGAAGCUUUCCGCAACUUUUCCUCAAGCACCCUGAUGGAGAUCUAUGCUCUCGGCACCCACGGAGGCAGCGUGGGUGACAAGAUAACAUCUCUGGGAGCCAAGCUGGAGAAACAGAAGCAGGACCUGAAAGCAGGUCAGAGAGCCUCCCGGGAUCACGACUCCCUGCUCCUGCAUCUGAAGCACUUCCCCAUGGACCUGCGCUUCCUGACCUGCCAGAUGGAACUCCUCCACAGCAAUGGCUCCCAAAGGACCUGCUGCCCCGUCAACUGGGUGGAGCACCAAGCCAGCUGCUACUGGUUCUCUCACUCGGGGAAGGCCUGGGCUGAGGCAGAGAAGUACUGCCAGCUGGAGAAUGCACACCUGGUGGUCAUCAACUCCUGGGAGGAGCAGAAAUUCAUUGCACAACACACGAACCCCUUUGAUACCUGGAUAGGUCUCACGGACAGCGAUGGCUCCUGGAAAUGGGUGGAUGGCACAGACUACAGUCACAGCUACAAGAACUGGGCUGCCACUCAGCCUGAUGAUUGGCACGGGCAUGAGCCAGGUGAAAGUGAAGACUGUGCUGAAAUCAGGCCAGAUGGCCGCUGGAACGAUGACUUCUGCCUGCAGGUGCACCGCUGGGUGUGUGAGAAGAAACGAAAUAUCACCAGCGAGGUGGCCUGACUCCAGCGCACCUCUGUCUAAGCCGUAGCCCACAGCUGCCCAGCGCUGGCUUCUCUGUUGAGGGUUUUGAAGAAAGGAAGAAAAAUGGAGACGGGGUAUGGGGAAGAGCUGAGCAAAGAUAGAAAGGAGAUAGUUUAAGAGUUCUUGACCCUAGAGGGCGGAGAUCCCACCUCCUUCCCUAAUUCAUUGUAAUUGUUAGAAUUGUCAGCCUCUUCAAUGGAAUAGGAAAAGAAGAAACAAAUACUUGAA